AUGCUUGGGGUUUUGAUACGGCGUCAAGAGCAGCAAGAGGAAAUAGUCAAGAAUGUUCCACAGCUGCUAGCAGUGAGCAAGAGUCUGGACUCUUUCCUUGUUGCCAAAAGGCUCUGCCUUUUUUUGGAUGUCUGUGAGGAAUGCAGACCCCCGAUGCCGAAGAAGACGUUCCAGGCCAUUUGUGACUUUGUGUUCAAGCAGGUUCUACCACUUGGUACUUCAGUCCAGCAGUUGAAGAAGUGGCCCAAGAUCAUGGACAGGUUUGUAUCCCUGGGAUGGAAGCCACAAGUACCAGCAAUCCCACAGCAGAGACAGAUGCAAGAAGGAGAACUAGCUACACGGGACCAGGUCUCGUGUGGACAUCAGCCGUUCACCCGAGAGCAUCGUGACGUUCUGAUGGAGGCUUUCAGCCACUUGGUCUGCUGUUCCCCCACGGAUGCCCUGGACUUCUUGCAGACUCAAAUGAAGGAUGACACCGAACAUGUCCGGGUGGUCUUGCUCAAACACCUCAGAUUCGUCAUUGUUAGUGAUGAUGUGUGCGAGAACAGAAGCAGGAAGCGGCCGAUCGUGGAUGCCGUGAAAUGCAUUCUGGAUGAUCGGCGUGAAGCAGUCACCAAGGCGACCUUGGGCUUCAUUAAAGAGCUGGUCCGCUCCCAGAACGUCGAGGGCUGUGCCGUGUGGGACAUGGUGACCUACGUCCUCCAGCAGUUCAACCGCCCUCCUGGCCAGCCAGGGGUGAAAGCCUCUCCCCCUAGCCAGAAAGAGAAAGAAGACGGCAUUCAAGAAAUGUGCAUUGACAUUUUGGAGCAUCUAAACACCUCCGCAGAAGGGAUGAGUAAAAUUCUGUGGCCGAAGCUGCUGCACUUUGUGGUCCCGGCUGUGUACAGCCCCGCCUUGAGACCCCUCUGCAGAUGCCUGAAAGAACUGGCGGCCGUCGAGCAGGGAGAAUCGGCUCUUUUCCUUGGCUCUUGCAAAGGAGUAAAACUCCCAAGUGCCCAAGGACUGUUUGCAAGGCUUCUGGUCCUGGCCUCCAACCCAAACCAGACAGGAAGAUGGGCGUUACAGCUCUUACAUGCCAUGCGCUGCAACAUCCAUGCCGCUGUCAACAAGCUGUGGGGGACACAAAUUCCCUUUCUUUGGGAAUCCACCCCAGAGACCAGCAGUCAGGAGUGGGAGCAGAAACUGCUGCAGUUCCUGAGAAGAUCCCUGGAGACCGUUGCUGACAGCAACUGGACGCGGAAUCUGAGCCGGGAAUUUGAAAACCAGAUGUCCAGCUAUACCGAUCAGUCACCUGAAAAGGGUUUCCUCUAUAAGUCUUUGGGUACUUCGCUGACAAGUUGUGAGGACUUGCCCUUCGUUAAGAGCCAGAUUCAGCACAUCAUAGAAAAUGCCAACUUUCUGGACGCAUCUGAUAGAGAGAAGGUGAUCCAUGUCCUUUCGUUCUCUGCUAUGGGGCAUUUGGACCUGACGCUGGGUGCACUGCACAAGUUUGGAGAUGGACUAGAGAGGAAAACAAAGGUGUCCGAAGUCAUCAGUCACUAUAAGGACUACUACCAGGGCCGGAAGGGCCACGUCCACCAAACGCUGAUGCUCGCCUACAGCAGAGUGGCGCUCUGCGCCCCCAAGGAACUCCUCGUCUCCCGAGUGGAAAACGACAUCAUGAAGAGGGUUCUGCAGCAUUACUACAGCAGCGGGCAGGUGCUGGGUGUUAGCAUCGCAAACAAGGACAUAAACCUCAAGCUGGCCUUCAUCCAGAGCAUGACAGAUAUUAGCCACGCCCUCCACGAGACCCGGGACUACCAGGGACUCCAGUUAACCUGCAAAAAGGAGCUCCUGGGUGUCAUGCUGGAUUUCAUCAGGGAAGAGCCCUUGGAUUCUCUAGCUACUCCAGUUCGCCCCAAGGCCAUCCUUGCCCUGGGAUACCUAAGCAAACUGAAGCCGUGUUUGACCCUGGAGGACAAUCGGGAUCUCCUCGAUCAAAGCAUCAAAAGUCUGUUCCCUCUUCCUCCCUUGGAGCAACUGAAAGGGGAGGCGGGAAAGGACUCCUUAUACAUAGAGGGACUGUACAAUUGCUCCGUGGAGGCCCUCGGGAAACUCAUGAAGAGCAUCCUGGAAGAACAUCCAACGUCUGAGCUGGUGGACGAAAUCUUCCAGCUCAUAGAUCCCUGGUUUACCGAAAACGAAUGCAGCCGAGAGAGAGCUCUUCAUGCCAGCUUGCAGCUGCUCACUGCUUUUCAAGAAAGUGUCGGGGUCAGCAUCCGGAGCAGGGAAGAUUUUCAACAGUUUGGGUCUCUGGUUGCCCUGCUUGCCCCGUUCACCUGCGAUUUUUCCACCCAAUGUCGGCAGUGGGCGAGUGAAUGCAUCACCUGCCUUGUGCACAUACAAGCUCACUCAGGAGUCACGCCAGAGGAAGAAGAAGUGAUGCUGGGUGCCUGCCAUGAUUUACAGUCUCAGAUUCCCGAGGAUCUGUUCUGGGCAUCAUCCAAAAUGGCCAAGGUGGUCAGUGCCUAUUUUCCACCGGGUCAAGCGCUGGACUUCGUUGAGGACAUCCUGGGGGAGCUGGUGUCCGGAAAUGAAAGGUGUGCCACCGCAGCAGGCUCUUGGCUGCUCACAAUCCUGCAAGACUGCGGCGGUGCUAUGGAAGCCCAGGUUUCGAAGAUCCUCGACGUCUUCUACAGCCGCCUGCCUACCAUCAAGGAAGAGUCCCUGCGGCAGGUCCUGGUAGAUGCAAUUUCCGUUGUGGCGCAAUAUCACUUGGACGCCGUCUUCAGCAGCCUUCUGGGACGGCGCCUCCCCAUGGACAGUGAGACGGGGGAACUCUGGAGGUCCUUAAGCAGGGACCUGUUCCUGGCCGUGCUGAUUCUUCACCGGUUAACUGCCACGGUCAUGCAGCCACCCAGCUCAGAGACAGCAUCGUCCACGGGCAGUGAGGAUGGAACCUCAGCUUUCGCCAAUGAAGAACCUCUCAAAGCCACCUGCGCCAUCUAUGAAGUCCUGUCUGUGCUGCCAACCGGGGAGGUCAUCCAGGAGCUCUUCCCGGCACUCUUCUGUGCUCUCCUGCAGCAGGUCAGCAAGACGCUGGGGCAGAGGAUGCCUUUUUACGAAGGACGCCGGAGGCUGUUCCGGAGGGAGCAGCACUUGAGCGAAGGCAACCCUUGCAGACUUUCUGUAGCCAGCCUGAAGACUCUGCUGCUAAAGCUGACCUCUGAGCCGUCCCUAACAGAAACCGGGGGAGUGAAUAUCUGGGUUUUACUGAGGGAUCCCAGCACCCACCAUGAGGGGGUUUGUCUGCUGACCAGUCAUUUGGUGCAGAGAGGCCUUCUAGAUAAGGAGAUCAUUGAACACGUCCUGUCCUGGAUGAAUUCAGGGUCUGAAAAACUGCGUCUCACCAGCACUGCCUUUUUUGUGGAGGCAAUCAGGGAUCCCAGGCUAUCAGAAAAAGAGCUACUGCAGACCCUCUUCCCCGUCUUAGUAGAGAGGGCGGGGGACCAGCAUCCCGGCAUCCGCCAGAUGGCAGUCAGAGGCCUGGGCAACAUCCUUCUUGUGGCUCCCGACAAGGUGAAGGGAGAGAAGAGGAAUACUGUGGCGAUCCUCCUGGGUGCUUUGUCUGAUGCCCAUGUGGUGCAAGAGAGCCUCCAGGUGCUGGCUGUGGUUCUUCCUCACCUGAAGGAGAAGGACAUGGGCUCCCUCUUUAAGAACAUCACCAUGCAGACCGUUAGCUACCUGGAUGACGACAAUGCUGAUCUUCGCCGUGCUGCUCUGUGCCUCUUUGGCAUCCUGGCUGCGUCGACAAAAUCCAGAUUCCAAGCGUUUUUUGCUGAGCAAGUGCGGAAGAGCCUGAUGCCACUCCUAAUUCAUCAGCAAGACCCCAGUCCCCAGGCGUCGGAGGCCUGCAGAGCUGCCUUUCUGCAGUCGGUGCAGUUUUUACCCAAGAGGAAACUGAGAGCUUGCUUGGAAGAGCUUCGCCCCGCCAACCCCAUGACCCUCCCAUAUCUGCAUGUGUACAUCUGCAGGCAGCUGGUCAAGACUAACCCAGAGAUGAGGGGGGAGCUCUUGCAAAAGACAACGGCGUAUUUCCAAAGCAUCUCGGAAGAGACCCGAACAGCAGCUCUGGACUUGUCAGGGGUUGUUCUGGAAAGCAUGGCGAUCCCAGACCUCGAUGAGACAUUUCGGCUGCAGCUGCUGGCCUCUCUCGAAGUGCUGCAGGAGGACCUGAACCCCAGAGUUCAACAGGCAGCAGCGGACGUGGCCACCUACAUCAAGAAGAAGUGGGGAGAGAAAGCACUGCAUGAAAGAAAAGAGGAAGAUGCAACGCAAGAACUUGCCCCAACAUGCAAUCCUCAACUUGGGAUGACAUCAGAGGCUCCCUCAGUCCAACAAGACAAGCGUGAGUUACUUUUCUCCUGUAUCGUCGUCCCAUCUAAGAUGGAAAGUUUGCCUACCCUCCAGCAUGACGGGCCUGUCUUCACUACCUAG